CACAAUGUGUUUCUUUGUAAUUUUCCAGGCUUGAGAGUUGCUGCUUUGGUGACUAGUUCAUACUUCAUGAAUCAGCCGGUAUGGAGCACUGGAACUAUUGGCACUCUCCCGAACACUGCUUAUGAUCGCAACCAGGAUCGCGUCACAGCCUAUGUUGUCGCCACGGAUAGGGCACUCUGUGUUUUGCGGUUUCCUCCUCGGAGUGGAUCUCUGGCUGGAGCGAACUGCUUCGAGUACCCGUGUACCGAACGUGGGCAUGCCCAUGUUGAUGAGACUAUCUUCAGGGGUUCUUCAAGGAUUCAUGCAGUGGUGAAGCACUUCGGUAGUAACAAUAUGUCGGCAAGACGCAUGGCGAAAAAUCGCUCCCAGUUCGAUGUUGUUCAACCAGGACCGUGCCUCGAUAGGCUCAAGACCUCUCAAUCACCGCCUCAUGUCACUUGGCAAUACCACACGGAGUGCUCACCAGUCUGCUUGGGAGGAUUGGAACGCGAUCCAUGCGAUCCGCAGUUCUACAAAUGUUCACCGUUGCACAUUCCGAUCUUGUGUGGUUGGCGACGUGUGUAUUCAUCUAUUCACGUUCGAAACUUCUACUUAUUAGUAAACUUGCAUUUUCUUCACGAAAUUUCUGAAAGCAAGUUGUUUAAGGAAGUAGGCAGCGAAUUGACGAUUGACCUGUUCUGCUUCGAUCCAAUCGAAUGUAGUGAUCCAGCUGAUGUCAUUCAGGUUGCGGAGUCCUCCGUCAAAACGGCUGAUUUUACCCUUGGUUUAGAGAAUUUGCCUAUUCCAGCGGUGAAUACGGUCGAUGACGAAGAUCCACCAAAGAUGUCCUACUGUGCACGACGAUUCCCCUAUAAUCAUCAAGUGGAUGUGAAGACGAUAUCGAGAGACUUCUGCUCGGGAUGCUCUUGCACUGAUGAUUGUUCGGACCCGUCAAAGUGUGAAUGCCAACAGCUGACGGUUUCAAAUGUGCAACGACUCGCGAGGAGCUUUCGUCCUUCUGUUGGCGAAUAUGGCUACCGUACUCUGCUUGGCAAGACAAUCACUGGUGUAUUUGAGUGUAAUGACAAUUGCGGUUGUCAACAGAAGCGAUGCUACAAUCGUGUCGUGCAACAGCCCAUCAAGUAUCCGAUCCAAAUUUACAAAACUGCUCAAAGUGGUUGGGGUGUUCGAGCGCUGUGCGAUAUCCCAGCAGGUGCAUUCAUUGCUAAUUAUGUGGGAGCUCUUCUGACGGACAGCAUUGCUGAUGCGCUUCACGGAGAGGACGAAUACUUUGCUGAUUUGGAUCUUAAUGACGCCGUAAGAAGCUUUUUGUUCAUCCGCAAUCCGUCUUUAUUAGUUCGAUUGGUAUUGAAGUGCAAUAUCAUUAAAAAUAAGUUUUUUCCUGGAAAUGAGGAGUACAUAAUGCUAAUUGUUACAGUCGAUGCGGCGGCGGCAGUUGGUGAUGACACAAUGUUCAAAUGGGCCGAUUAUUUUGGUGAGAACAACACAUUAUUUGUGGUGGACGCGAAGAAGAAAGGCAAUGUUGGAAGGUUUCUGAAUCACUCAUGUGAUCCGAAUGUUCAAGUGCAGCACGUAUUUGUGGAUACUCACGAUCUACGCUUACCUUGGUCAUCAUUCUUUGCCAUUCGGAAUAUCAAAGCUGGAGAGGAACUCUGCUGGAAUUACGGUUAUUCGCCUGAUUUGUUCUGCAAAUGUGGCGCAGUAACUUGUCGUGGGCGCUUGUUGUAG